AACUAAGCUAUAUUUUGAAAAUGCUAGCAGAUAACGGUCAGUUACAUCAUUAAACCAGUAAAUAAAUUAGUAAUUAGUUACACUUCUUGUCCUCAGAUACUUCGGGGUUUAGAAAAAUAGUGCGCUGUCUCUUUAAGGUCUCUCAGCUCAGUCUGUUUCGUAUUGAUCAAUCCACCAUUUUCCAACACAGAGCGGCGGCAGUGCUGCUAACACACACACACACACACACACACACGGAGAGAGAGACAGAAAGCUCCGGCAGCAGCAGCAGCAGCGGCAGAGAGAAGAGAGAGCCACCCCUCUUCUACCUGGAGAGGAAGCCAGGGGACCGGUCAUGGCAGCCAACAUGUACCGGGUUGGAGAUUAUGUUUAUUUUGAGAACUCGUCCAGUAACCCACUGCUGAUCAGGAGGAUAGAAGAGUUGAACAAGACAGCCAAUGGGAACGUGGAGGCCAAAGUGGUGUGUUUUUACCGGCGCAGGGACAUCUCCAGCACACUCAUCGCCCUGGCAGACAAACAUGCAAGGGAGUUGGAGGAGGAGAUGGAGAAUCCAGAGAUGGCGGACCUCCCCGAGAAACAGAAACACCAGCUCAGACACAGAGAGCUCUUCUUGUCCCGCCAACUGGAGUCUUUACCUGCCACACACAUCAGGGGGAAGUGCUGUGUGACUUUGCUGAAUGAGACAGAAGCCCUGAAGUCUUACCUGGACAGAGAGGAUGCCUUUUUCUACUCGCUGGUGUAUGACCCUCAGCAAAAGACUCUGCUGGCUGAUAAGGGGGAGAUCCGCGUUGGGAACAAGUACCAGGCCGACAUCACCGACCUCCUCAAAGAAGGCGAGGACGAUGGCAGAGACUUGGAGAAACUAGAGGAGAAGAUCUGGGACCCCAACAGCUCGCUGACGGAGAAACAGAUCGACCAGUUCUUAGUAGUAGCUCGGUCAGUAGGUACGUUCGCCAGAGCCUUGGACUGCAGUAGUUCAGUCCGGCAGCCCAGCCUGCACAUGAGCGCUGCUGCAGCCUCCAGAGACAUCACCCUGUUUCACGCUAUGGACACCCUCCACGCCACAGGCUAUGACAUGACCCGAGCCAUCGCAGCGCUGGUGCCUCAGGGUGGGCCCGUCCUCUGCAGGGAUGAAAUGGAGGAGUGGAGCGCCUCGGAGGCCAACCUGUUCGAGGAGGCGCUAGAGAAAUACGGCAAAGAUUUCACUGACAUCCAACAGGAUUUUCUGCCAUGGAAGUCCCUGACGAGUAUUAUUGAGUAUUACUACAUGUGGAAGACCACAGACAGAUAUGUACAGCAGAAACGAUUAAAAGCAGCCGAGGCAGAAAGCAAGUUGAAGCAGGUCUACAUCCCCAACUAUAACAAGCCAAACCCCAACCAGCUGAGUAACAAUGUAAAACCAGCUCUGGUGAAUGGAGCAGGGGUUCCAGGGGUUCCAGGGAUUGCAGGACUUGCAGGGGUUCCAGGGGUCCCAGGUGUCCAAGGUGUCCAAGGGGUCCCAGGUGUCCAAGGAGUCCAAGGAGUCCAAGGGGUCCCAGGGGUUCCAGGGGUCCAAGGGAUCCCAGGGGUCCCAGGGGUCCCAGGAGUUCCAGGAGUUCCAGGAGUUCCAGGAGUCCCAGGACUCCCAGGAGUGCCAGGGGUCCCGGGACCUCCAGGCUCGGCGCAGAUCCCCGGCCUCGGCAGAGCCUGUGAAAGCUGCUACACCAGCAGCUCCUACCAGUGGUACUCAUGGGGACCUCCCAACAUGCAGUGUCGCCUCUGCGCUUCAUGCUGGACCUACUGGAAGAAGUACGGAGGGCUGAAGAUGCCCACAAGAUUGGAUGGAGAGAGGCCUGGACCCAACCGCAGCAGCCUGAGCCCCCACGGCCUGCCCCUGCGGCACAGCGGCAGCCCCAAAUUCGCGGUGAAGACGAGACAGGCGUUCUUCCUGCAGACUACCGGCCUGACGCAGAUCGCACGUCGCAUCUGCCAGGACAUCAUCAGGCCGCGGUAUCUCGCCAGGCACCCCUACCUCCCUGUCAACACAGCAGCCAUAAAGGCCGAGUGUGCCCUGCGGUUGCCAGAAGGGCCAAAAAAGCCUUCGCCACUGAAACCUGCGGAACGUAAACCUCUGGAGUCUGUGGUUCGGUAUUUAGAAGCACAUCCCCGUCCAGCCAAACCCGACCCCCCGAUUCGCGGAGCGUCCAUCUCGACAGGCAGCCUGACGCCCAUAAAGUCCUCUCCCAUCCUCAACAACGGCUCCCCCACCAUCCUGGGCAAACGCAGCUACGAACAGCACAACGGACUGGAUGGCUCUAAAUCCAAAGUCCUGGCUCCACAGUGGGACAUCAUGGCCAAACGUCUGAGCGAAGCCGGGCGCCCCUCCGUCUCCAUGCAGGACGAGGUACAUGAACUAGACUGAACACUCUGUGGGAACGACCUCUACUACAACCCCCAGUGAGCAGAGGGUGACAUGAAAUGGAAAGGCAUUUUCCAAUGAACCAUAGCCGAGGGCAGCUGAGGAGACGACAGCAUUGGCCACCUUCCUUCAGUCAGUACGGGUCUGUCACACUGCUGAAGACCAAUCCAUAAUCCAUCAGUUUGGCUGUGGUCAAUCACAAGAUGAGCCUGACUGUACAGGACUGUGUUUAUUACUUACAUUUCUCGUUAUUACUGUCAUUGUAAUUAUUGUUAUUGUUAUUAUAAUUUUUUUUACCAACUAUAACUCCGCUUAUUGUUUGUCGAUCAAACGAUGGAACUUGUGAAGUUUCAUGAAAAAUGCUUGCAGAGCCCUGAGGAAAAGGGCGGAAGGACUGUAACAUAAGCCACUCGCAUCUUCGAUGUUUGUUUUUUUUUCGUUGUUUUUUAACAAGUUAAAUUCAACGAGGAGACGCACUUUUAUUUCAGCGACACGAGUUAACUCCUUGUCUUUUGUUUCAAUUUGAAUGCUUUACGGGAAAUCUUCUGUUUUGUGAGCCGGCCCUGCUCUUCGGCCAGAGAGGUUUAACUUAUUGAGAAAGACUUGCUGUUUUUUCUACCUUUUUCACAAGUAAUGCAUCUAUGCUUAGAUAAUGUAAUUAAAAAAGAUAAUUGAUUUUCCCUCUUCUUUUGGUGUCUGUGCACAGAGGUGAGAGGUUGUUUUCUUACUCACACAGGUAUGCAAACAGGGUAUAUGCAAAAACUCCAUUCCAAAUUGCUUUAUAUGUUUUGGACCUUUUAAAAAUGAUCAGUAUUAGAAAAGAUUAAAUGCACAAACACAGCCAUGUUUUGUAAGCAAACGUCAAAAAAAGAAACAACCAAAAAUCAAGAAUGUGUUCUGCUUUCAUGUCCAGUCAUUUUGUCAAUGUGUUUAUUUUAUGUUCAUUAUUAGUAGCUUGUCUUGAUAUAAACAUCGGUCGUAGGUCGAUAUAAGAAAAUACACAAAUAUCCAAAACA